AAAAAAAAAAGAAAAAUAAGGAAAAAAUUCCCCGAAAGAAAAAACUGAAAAAAACUAACGGGUCCGGCUGGACCCUGGCUUAGAUAGUUACAUAGAAGAAAGUGGCGGGAACACAAUCGGUUGGUUGCGAAAUGACUAAAACACCCAUCCCCCGUAGCAACAGAUUCAGGUGUCGUCGAUCCAAAUAUAUGUAUAUAUAUAUGUGGACGUAGUUGUAGAGAGAGAAAGAGAGAGAGAAGGGGGUGGACACACGUCGAGCAUUCGUCAAAAGCUCUCCGAUCGGUAGAAACGGAAGAAGCUUUGCUUGUAGCUCUGUAAUCCGCACGCGUUUUUGUUUUUUAUUUUUAUUUUUUUUUCGAAUUUUUCUUCAAUUCUGGAGCCGAUUGACCUUGAAUUUGUCUGCAGCUUGGAGCAAUUAAUUGCUUGCUGGUUUUGAAGGAAAACAUGCCCUAUGUGUUUUCAUACUGGAGAAUUUCAUUGCAAAAUUGAAACAAGGCUUCUGCAGCGACAUUUGGUGCUUUUGGCACUUCUUAUUUUGAUAAGCAGCUUUCAGAAUAAGUAUUACAUUAGUUGUACCAGGAUGAUGGAAGGAGUGGAUUUGAUUUGUUCUCUUCUGUAAAUGAAACAAAAGAAGAGGCAAAAACGGAGAUUCUCUGUGGCUGAUAAAUUAGCUGACUUUCUUUUUCAUCCAUAAGGUUUUGUAAAGUUUCUGAUGGACCAAAUUUGGUAGCACUUGCACUAUCAUAUAGAGGUUUGCCAGUAUCCAAAGUUGGCAUUGUACAAUACCCACAUAUGUCAGCUUGAAUGAUUAAUCCUCAGAGAAACAGUCUUGGAGACAGGAAUGUGGAGCAGGCAAUAAUAGCCAUAAAGAGGGGAUCAUAUCUUCUCAAGUAUGGGAGUAGAGGAAAACCGAAGUUUUGCCCUUUCCGGCUUUCAACUGAUGAGACAAGACUAAUAUGGUAUCAUGGAAAGGAGAAAAAUCUCCAGCUUAGUCAUGUUUCAACAAUUAUACCCGGGCAGCGUACUGCAACAUUUCAGCGUUAUCCUCGACCUGAUAAAGAAUAUCAAUCAUUCUCUCUUAUAUAUGAUGGCAAACAUUCUUUGGAUUUGAUUUGCAAAGACAAGAAUGAGGCAGAAAUAUGGUGUAUAGCCCUCAGGGCAUUGAUUUCUCGGGAUAACUGUGAAAAAUGGAGAAGUGAAAAAAGAAGCCAUAGUGCUUCAUCUGAUAGUUCAACUGCCCUGACCCAGCAAAGUCCUCAGUCCAUUUUGUCAAGCAGCAGCAGCAGCAAUAUUGUCAAUGAGGAUCAAAGGAAAGUUACCUUCUGCAACAAGGGAUGCUUUAUUGCCAAAGACUCUGGAAUCAGCAUUGGCAGACUGUUUACUUGGGGAAAUGGGAAUGAAGGUCAGCUUGGACAUGGAGAUGAAGCCUCUAGACUUGUACCGUGUUGUAUUACCAUGUUAGAUGGCACCAACUUCUGUCAAGUUGCAUGCGGUCAUAGCAUCACAGUUGCUCUUACAACCUCAGGACAAGUAUAUACUAUGGGAAGUUCUGAUUAUGGACAACUUGGGAUUCCUGAUAGUACAGGGAAACUCCCUUCUUGUGUUCAUGGAAAAAUUAAAAACAGUUUUAUUGAAAAAAUAGCAUGUGGUUCUUUUCAUGUUGCAGUAUUGAGUUCACAAUCUGAGGUUUACACAUGGGGAAAGGGUGGAAAUGGUCAACUAGGACAUGGAGAAAAUUAUGACAGAAGCACACCUACUCGGGUUGAAGCUCUGAAAGACAGAUGCAUAAAGAGUGUGGUUUGUGGGAAGAAUUUUACUGCUGUCACUUGUCUUCACAAAGAAGUGUCAAUAGCUGAUUAUUCUAUUAUUUGUUCUGGUUGCAGCCGCCCAUUUAACUUCAGACGUAAGUGUCACAACUGCUACAAUUGUGGGCUAGUUUUUUGCAAUACUUGCACAAGCAAGAAAUCUCUAAAAGCUUCCUUGGCUCCGAGUAUGCAUAAACCUUAUCGCGUGUGUGAAGAUUGCUUUGCUAAACUGAACAAGGGUUUGGAUGUUGCGUUGAGUACUUUACCACCAAAGGCCUUAGCUUCACAUAAGAGUUUUAGUGAGCAAAAGGACAAAGAGCCUGUCCACACUAAGCCAAAAAGCCUUCUGUCUCGUCUCUUAUCAUUUGAUUCAUUCAGAUGGCCUGAAACUUGGCAUUCCAAAAAGAACCAGAAACAAGAUUCAAGCUUCAGUCGUACCCCUAAUGGAAGUCCUCAGUUUGAUAGAUCUUGUGUUUCAUCUCCAGCAUCUAUGCGUGAUUAUUCUGACAAAACACCAAUUCUCAUUCCUGGAACACCAAAUCAUUCUGUAUCAGGUUCUCCUGUAUCUAUAAAGCCAAAUCAUUCUCAUUCAUUUUCAGUUCCAUGUAAUUUUUCUCUGGUGGGAAGUCCUCAAGUUCUUUCUAAUGCAAGGGAUACAAGCGAAGAUCUCACAAAAGAACUAUCAAUUUUAAGAGAGCAGGUGGAAACUCUCACCAGUAGAUCACAUUUCUUAGAAGUAGAACUUAAAACAACACUAAAGCAGUUGAUGGAGGCACAUGAAGUAGCCAGAGUUGAAACCAGGAAAAACAUUGCUGCGAAGGAAGUAAUAAGAUGUCUGGUGACACAGUUGAAAGACUUGGCUGCAAGAUUGCCUCAUGAUACUUCUUCGUGCAGAAAUUCGGAUCCAUUCAUUGAUGACACCUUAAACACACUGUGCGUCUCUCCUUGGUGGAGUAAAUUAUCAAACUAGGCAUAUUUGGCUUUUGUUUCAUAUGAAUGGGUACACAAUUCAGGUUUGCAGUGCAUUUGAAGGUUGGGGAAUCUUUGGCUUCUCCAGGGGGAAGCAAGAGCCAUUUCAACUCCAUUUGACUAUGUUAAGACAGUCCUUAGUCUGUAGUUCUGAGCAGACAGCAUGCAUUCAACUUCGUAUAUAAUGUAUAGCACUAGGAAGAGAAGAAGAUGCAAGUGUAAAUUUUUUUUUUUUUUUUUUUUUUUUGUAACCUUAACCAAUGAGUUUGCCUAUUGUGCUCCGAUCCUUAGCUUUUUCCACUUCUUUUUUCUUAUUUAGUAUCUCACGGAAAGAGUUGUAUUUUAGGAUCAAGUAUACUUUGUUAUACUUAAAGUAGGUAUAUCUUUACAAGGCCGCAUUUUGGCUCUAUGUAAAUGAUGAUAACUCGUAAAGUUUCACUGUGAAAACAUUGUUGUAAUGGAGAUGUAGCUCAGAUGGUAGAGUGCUGGCUUAGCAUGCGAGGGGUACGGGGAUCGAUACCCCGCGUCUCCAACUGACCUUUUUCUUAUCUGAACAUUAAGACGUCUACUCUCGCUUUACUGGUAUAUAUUUUCUAGCCAGAAAAAAAAACAUUUCUUUAUUGUCCACCCACGAAGGUAACAUGGAGUUGACGAAAAUCUCUAUGCCCAACGCCGACCCACUGCUGCUCGAGCUCGACCAUCAUUCCUCAUCAACUCGCCGUAAAAAGCAAAAGCGAUUACUCAUCGUCGUUUUGGUUCUGUGCUUCACCCUCGCCCUCGCCGCUAUCAUCUCCGUUGUAGCGGUUCUGAAGCACCAAAUCGAGUCCGAAUCACCCGCCAAAAACCCCACCCUCGCUGCCCUAUCCGUCUGCUCCCUCUCCGACCACCCGAACGCCGACUGCUUUACCAUCUUAUCUCCCCUUAGCUCCUCCUCCGAAAUCAAUCCCACCCAGAUUCUCACCCUCGCCGUCCGUUCCGCCAUAGCCGCCAUCACCGAACUCACCCCUCUCCCCUCCUCCACCGAUCCGGAGACCAACUCAACUCUGAGAACCUGCGAGGCUGCGCUCAACGAGACACUGAGUCAACUCGCCGCCGCCUCGACGACCUUGGGCGUUUACCCCGUUGUGGCCGUGGGGAAUCUGACGACGGAGGAGAGUUUGACGUGCUUGGAUUGGCUAGAAUAUGAUUAUUGGACAACCGAAACUGGAAUCGAAAGGUUUCGGAAGUCUACGAGGUACGCCAGCAGCAGCUUAAGGAUCCUGAGGCGCGCGAAUAUGAUAUCGGAGACGUUAUAUCCGACGAUUAAAUCAACGUUGGCAUCUUUUCUGGCAGGGUGGGAUAGCACCUUCACUGUGUUUGUAUUUGGUGCGCAAUAUUUGUAUUUGGUCGUGCUGUUUUGCAUUCUACUGCGUUUGUAUUGACGCUGUCAAUUACACAAUUACUUAUCUUUUUUUUAAUACAGACAAUUACCUAUCUAUUCCAAUAAUAGUAUAUUUUACCUA